CUCAGGCUUAACAAUCCAACUUGCAGUACAGCAGAGAUGCUUCAGCUGCAACUGGCAAGAGCUGUGCUAUGCACACGAGGAUUUGCCACAAGGGUGACUCCAAGAAGAGACCCCUCCUCGUCAAUAUCUCCUUCUUCCAUAUACCUGAUUGAAAAGAUGCUCAAGGUCGGACUAGACGAGCCGAAAAUAAAGGAUCUUUACGAAAAAAUGAGCUUGCCUGUAUUCUUGCAAAACGUCACGAUUGCUGUUUUGAACAAUCGAGAAAAAAACUCUCCAACUCUAGAGAAGUUAUUGAGCUUCACCAUCGACAAGCUAGACAAAAUAGCCAAAGUCAAAAGUAGCUACACACAUGAACCUCUGCAUUAUCGAGAUCAAGCAGGGCUUGAGCCUUCGGAAAAUGUACUAUAUUUAAUUCUUCAAUUGUCAUUGCACAUAAAUGCAUCAUCAAUUGCAUUCACAGUCCUAAUGAAUAUAAUAAACAAAUGUCUUUAUAAUGAUGAAACUACGCUUACAGCUAAAACACGUUCUUUGAUCCAAAAGUUCUUGGUGCCCAAUAACUUGUCGCUGCUCAUUGACCUUUACAGUAUCAAUCGAUCACAGGAUAGGAAUAUCACUGAGUUGAACAAUAUUUUGACUCUGAUAUCGAGGUUUAAUCUACUGAUGGAUAAGUUCCAGUUUGAAGAACAAAAGUUUCAGUUAUCAGAUUCUCAAAUGAAGUCUCUUAUUGAUAAAGCUUCUUAUAGCUUGAUGAGUAGCACUACUACAUCGUUGAGAAAGCCAUACACAACAGUUCAAAAGCAGGCUUCACCAUACAGCACAAUCGAGAUGUUGAUAAGAGACUUUGGGCUGAUCAUAAGCAAGCGAGUAUCUUAUUCGAUAUCUUAUUAUAAAGAACAAGUAGAAGAAAAAGAAGAUGAAGAAGAAGAAGAAACAUGUUCAAAUAUACAAGAGCUACUAGAUCGACAACUCUUGUCCAAGUACCUUCAAUUUAGUUACUUAGUUAUUCAAGAUAGAUGCAAAAAUAAUGACCCAGUUACCGUAUAUACCAUAUGGACUAUAAUAAAACCGUUCCAUAAUAAACUUUACAACGCCACGAUUGAUUCUGAAAAUAACAAUCUCUCCAACAACUUUUAUUUUUACCAAACACUCGCAAAAAUGAUCACUUUAUUCAGUAAAAAUAGACGAUAUAGAAAAUUGAUAAGUGAGAUAAUAUUUGAUUUGCCAUUAGAUUCGGUGAAAAUUUGUCCUGAACUAAUGAGUUCAAUUCUGUAUCAUUGUGGUAGGACAAAGAAUGAAUCCCUUGGUGCCAUUGUGGGUUCGAGGUACGAUGAUGGAAACAACACAGGGAAUUCUGGUGAAGAAUCCGUGAACUUAAAGAACUUAUUUGGUCAAGGUGGAGACUUAAGUAUUUUGGGAACCGGCGAAAAGUUUACUCCAGGCCAGGUUCAUGCCUUCUUGUCUUAUAACUUGAGACUAGGAAACAAAAAACGUGCAUUAGAGAUUGUCGAGUAUUUGAAAUACAAGCUAAUAGGAUUCACGGCAAUUGAUUUCAACGAGUUGGUCAGAAGCAUACUAUACACAAACAAAACGGAGAUUAAGGAUUCUCAUGCAGAAAAAAGCGCCGAGGUUGCCUGGUCGAUGAUCGCUAGCAAUCAUGCGGCCAGUAAGGGUUCUCUAAAUAAAUACGCACUAAUAACCUACUUGGACUAUAUGAUCAAUACCAUGAAUCGGAAGGAAAAUAAAGGCAAACUCAACAUGGUCCGUGUGCAGGAGAUUUUUGGUAUUGCCUACUUAGAACAGCCACCAAGUGAUGUUAAGUACUGGAACCAUUUUUACAUGUGUUAUUUCAAGUACUUGAUACGAAGGUUUCCACUCAAGAUUGCCAAAAUAGUCUACGAGAACAACAAAGGUCCCUUUCUUAAUGGCAAAAAAUACAUGCUCUUCCAGAAAUUAGGGGACUACAGUUUUUCAAACAACCCGUUCACCACAAGAUACGCCGAUGUAAGAUUUCGAAUGGAUAAUAACUUAAAAGCUAUGGUUUUGCGAGACAUGUAUCAACGAAGCGACGGUUACAUGAAAAGAGCCAAACAGCUAGAAAGCGCCGACAUAGAAGAGGCUAAAGCCCAGUACAUGGAAAUAUCACAGUGGGUCUACUCUGAGCUAAUGGCCAUGAGUGACAGCAAAAGUAAACCGAACAAGACCAUAGUGCACAACUCAAUUAUUCUUGAUUUGGCCAAAACGAUCGACCGUAAGUCCCGUGAAUUAGGAUUCGAUCUUUCCAGAGAUGCCACAGCAAAGAUGCCAGAUGCGGAAAGAAAGUACAGAACGCAGAAAGGUGAACACGUUGCCAUUGGAGGGAUACCCGUAGACGACGACUACGCAAAGUCUCUUCAAGCAACGCAAAGCGGUUGGCAAAACUUCUUUUCCAAAAAAAGCAGCCAAUGAUGUUAAGACAGGGUAAUACGCAUGUACAAAUUUAUAGAUAUAACCCCUACUGAAUUCCCUUGU